AUGAACGGGACGGAAGGUAUCAAUUUUUACGUGCCUAUGUCCAACAAGACAGGGGUGGUGCGAAGCCCCUUCGAGUACCCCCAGUAUUACCUAGCCGAGCCCUGGAAAUACCGCCUUGUGUGCUGCUACAUCUUCUUCCUCAUCUCCACCGGUUUGCCCAUCAACCUCCUCACCCUCCUGGUCACCUUCAAACACAAGAAGCUCCGGCAGCCGCUCAACUACAUCCUGGUCAACCUGGCGGUGGCUGACCUCUUCAUGGCCUGUUUUGGCUUCACGGUCACCUUCUACACGGCCUGGAAUGGAUACUUCGUCUUCGGCCCCGUUGGCUGUGCCGUGGAGGGUUUCUUCGCCACGCUGGGAGGCCAGGUUGCCCUGUGGUCCCUGGUGGUCCUGGCCAUCGAACGCUACAUCGUCGUCUGCAAGCCCAUGGGAAACUUCCGCUUCUCCGCGACCCACGCCAUGAUGGGCAUCGCUUUUACCUGGAUAAUGGCCUUCUCCUGCGCCGCACCGCCCCUCUUCGGCUGGUCCAGAUACAUGCCCGAGGGGAUGCAGUGCUCCUGCGGCCCCGACUACUACACCCACAACCCCGACUACCACAACGAGUCCUACGUCCUCUACAUGUUCAUCAUCCACUUCAUCAUCCCAGUCGUGGUCAUUUUCUUCUCCUACGGGCGCCUCAUUUGCAAAGUCCGAGAGGCAGCCGCGCAGCAGCAGGAGUCGGCCACCACGCAGAAGGCAGAGAAGGAGGUGACGCGGAUGGUGAUCCUGAUGGUGCUGGGCUUCAUGCUGGCCUGGACGCCCUACGCCGUGGUGGCGUUCUGGAUCUUCACCAACAAGGGAGCGGACUUCACCGCCACGCUCAUGUCAGUGCCUGCCUUCUUCUCCAAGAGCUCCUCCCUCUACAACCCCAUCAUCUACGUCCUCAUGAACAAGCAGUUCCGUAACUGCAUGAUCACCACAAUCUGCUGCGGCAAGAACCCCUUUGGGGACGAAGAUGUUUCCUCUGCCGUAUCCCAGAGCAAGACCGAGGUCUCCUCCGUCUCCUCCAGCCAAGUUUCACCUGCAUAG